AUGGAGAUCAAACAUUUCGUCGUCCUGAUCAUCUCCAUCUUCUGUAUAUUGCAAAGCUCUUCUUCUACCAGACAUCAUAGGUCCGUUUCUAAUAAUAACAACUCGCCAGCAGCACCGGACGCUGGUCCAUCGACACAGGCAGCUCCGAACGCACGUUCGUUGACACUGGCAGCUCCGAAAGUAGGUUCGUUGACACCGGCUGCCCCGGACGCAGGCUCGUCGACACCCGCUACGCCGGAUGAGAUUAGGACAACCCUCGAAGCACCAGACGAAGGUGAAGAAUCACCCGACGGCGAUGGAGCAUCACCCGAAUCGCCGUACGGCAGUAGCGAUAAAUCGCCGGUCGAACCAGCAUCGGGUCCGUCUGCGGAAUUCUCCUUUCCUAAUUCAAAGCCUGCUAGCAAUCCACCUGGGCUGGACAAAAUCUGCGGAGCCACCGAUCUGCCCGUCGAUUGCAUGAAACUCAUCUCCCCAUUCGUAAACAACAGCGUCAAGGUCGAGCCUCUGGGCAUCGCGAAGGUGGGGAUUCGAGUAUCAACCGAAAUGUCGAAGCAAGCCAUCGUGACGGCCACCAGGUUCAUGGACGAUCCGAAAUCGUCGGCGAAACUGAAACAGGCCAUGUCCACGUGUCUGGAACUCUACGAAGGCAUUCCCGACGACAACGACCUCGCGCUCCAAGCUCUGGACAAACGCAACGCAUUCGAGGCUACAAUCAAGCUAAGUUCCAGCCUGACCAGCGUGGAUACCUGUCUCGAUGGCAUCCAUCAAAUGCGUGUUACGUCGCCGAUGAGGGACAUGGAAGCAGAGCUUAAGAAACUGCUUCAAAUCACCCUUACCAUUGUUUCCGGUUUGGUCAAAUUUUAG